AUGAGUUCUCUUUUUGCCAAAUGCAUGAAUUGUAAUUUAAAAUUUGCCACCAUUAAUUGUUCAGAAUGUAAACCUGGAUAGAUUUAUCAUAUAUGUUAUGAUUGUUAUACAUAAGUCCAUAAUAAAAAAGGUCUAAUUGAUACUCAACAUAAAAUUGAAACUAUAUCAUAUUAAGGUAUCCCAUAAUAUAACAUCAAAUAGAAAUGUAUCUAAAGAAUAAAUCUGCAGUAGGUAUUCGUAAUUAAUAAAUAUAAGUAAUCUAUAUUUAUUUAAAUUGCUAGACUAAAUCUUUAUUAAAAUAGAAACUUUAAUAAUAAUAAAUUCAAUAUCAAUAACCAUAACACUCUGCUAAAAUUUAAUAGUUUAUUUUUUCUCAAAAAGAUGUAAAUUCUUAUAUGGAAAUUAAAAAUAUCUAAAAAAUUAAACCAAAUUCCUCUUAUUUUUAGUAGAAUAAAUUUGAAACACUCUAAUAAUUAACAAAAAUCAAUGUUAUUCGAAGAUAAUAAGAUUAAGAAAUUAAUUCUGUAAUUCAUAAUUUAAGUUAAUAGAAUAACUCUAAAGAUUUAGAAAUUUAGGUUAAAAAUGAAAAAUAAGAUAAUGAAAAAUUAAAGAGUGAAAUACAGUAAACUAAUUAUUAGCAUUGGAAUAUAAAUAAAGUAGUUGAAAAAAGAAUGUAUUUUUACUUAUAAAUAAUUAGAUAAUAAAAUCAAAAGGAUUUGGAAAAAAAGAUUAAUUGUCUAAAGAAUGAAUAUAAUGAGGAUAAAAUGAAAAAUGAAUAAUUGACUGAAAAUGUAUAUUCUCAAAAUAUUUCCACAAGGUUAAAAAAUUGUAAGACAAAUUAAAAAUCUCUGAUUAAUAGUUAAAUGAAAAAUUAGAUUAAUAAAAUAAAUAAUAUGAAUAGUAGUUGAAAUAAUUAGAGUAAGUAAUAGAAAAAUAAAAUAAAAUCAAAGAGUUUGCUUAAUUAUUCUAAAAAUAUAGUAUAUUGGAUAUAUAAGAAAAAAUGGAAGAAAUGGAGAAUGAAAUUAAUUAGAAAAAUAAAUUGAUAAUAUAAAUGUAAAACUAAUUAUAAGAUAAUAAAUAUUGUGAAAAUUUUAAGAUUUAAAUACAAUAAUAAAUUAGAAUAAUAUCAAUAUAAGAUGAAUUACUACACAAUUUUAAAUAGUUAUUAUAAAAUAUGUUAGAUGAGAAAAAAGUUAUGGUUAAUGAACAUAAAAGGUUAACUAAGGAAAAUAAUUAAUUUAGAGAAUUAUUUACUAUAAUUAUUUAGUAAAAUUUAAAUUUAUUUGGAAUAAAUGAAGAUGAUUAGGAAACAGGUGAUGAAACUGGAGUAGAAGAAGAGGAUUAUCAUUAAAAUAAUGAUGAUGAGGAUUGGGAACUUUGA